ACCCGAUUCAAGACCUAAGCCGCGAGCGUAACGUGGGUUUUUACUAGCCGAGUUCGAGAAGAGGCCGAUGUUGGGUUCCACCUGCGUGAAAUUUCGUCUGGGGUUUUGAUCGGCCAUGGCGAUUCCCCUUGGGAAGCUCACCAUCAUCAUCGGAGCAGGUUUACUUGGGUCUGCCCUAUCAAAGGAAGGGGGCUUGUCAGAUGUCACAAGCUUCUUUUCUGGUGCUUUAAAGAUUGUCUCAAAGCAUCUUCAACAUGAUAAAGAAAGUUCUAAGUCGAGUAGCAACCCUCCUACUGAUUCUCUUCUAGCUCAGGUUAAUACUUUGCGACAAGAGCUACAGCUUUUGACAACUAACCGAUCAGUCACUAUUGUAACUGGUAGUGGAUCAGGUUCUGGCAUUUUUGGUGUGAAAAUUGUUAUAGUUGUUGGAUCUGUUGGAUAUGUGUACUUGUGGUGGAAGGGAUGGAAGCUUACGGAUAUGAUGUUUGUGACAAGACGGGGUUUUUCUGAAGCUUGCUCUUCUGUGGGAAAACAACUUGAAGUUGUUUCAUCAUCUGUAGCUUCCGCCAAGAGAUACUUAUCUUCAAGGAUUGAUCGUGUUGAUACUAACAUUAAUGAGUGCAAGGAAAUCACUGCAGCAACCAAGGUCGAGGUCUCGAAAUUACAUGGAGAUUUAAGUGUGUUCCAUGAGGAUGUUGAAUCUGUUCGUUGCGCUGUCCAGACUCUGGAAACAAAGCUUAUUCGAAUUGAAGAAAAUCAGGAUUUUGCAACUGAAGGAGUAUAUCGUCUGUGCCAAUUUGUUGAGAGAAUCGAGCCUAGCAGAAAACCAGAACUUAUCCAGGAUCCAGCAUCCAGUUCUCGGCGGGCCAUUGGACCUCCACAACAUACAGCUGUUACACGGAUGAGUUCAAUGCCACCUUUAGCACUAGAACAGCCAUCUCUGUCAGCUUCUAGUGAGCCCCCAAAGGUUCUGCAUACUCCAAAGGCUGUAUCACCAUCAGGUCUGAAGGACUUGCAGUUCUCAAAUCCAGUUAGGGGGAGGAACUCGGGCAACAAUUCAGCAAAGCUUGGAAAUAGAACCUCAUCUUUAGAUGAAUCAAGCAGCAGCAGCAGCACCACCACCACCACUGCAAGUUCCACCAGCUUUCGGUCAUGGCUGCCUGGUCUCAGUGUUCUUACUAGAGCUCGCAGUGAUGUCAGCUGAUCCACUCACAGUUAUCCAAACUUUGUAUUUACAAUUACUUCUCAUCUCUUUUCUCCCUCCUGCAGGAAGCAGGAAUAGAAAAUUCUCUUACUCUUAUUUUAUACAAAUCCAAGAAUUUUGUAGUUGUUUAGGAUAAACCUGAGAUAUUCUCUUCUGCGAGAUGUAGAUGAAGAUUUACUAUGUAAGAUGGUAUCGUAUUUGCUUUUACAAUUUUAUCGCAUGCUGGAUUCUGAUAAUAAGUGGUUGUAAGAAAAUCCGUAACCUAUCAAUAUAUAGCGACAGCAUGGAGGUCCUUUAGGAUCUUUUUUUUCGGAUGUCA